AUGCUUGUCUAUCUCUCUUUUUCAGCCUUACUCUCUAAGUCUUUUUCUUUACACUGUAUUUCUGUAUAUCUGUCUUUCACUGCCUUACUCUCACUGACUUUCUGCAUGUGUGUCUAUAUCUGCCUUACUCACUCAGUCUUUCUGUAUGUCUUUCUCCGCCUUAGUCUCUCUGCAUGUAUAUGCAUGUAUGUAGGUAUGUAUGUAUAUCUGUCCCUGUUUUACUCUCUCAGACUUUCUGUAUAUCUGUCUUUCUCUGCCUUACUCUCUCUCUUUCUGUAUAUCUGUCUUUCUCUGCCUCUCUCUCUCUCUCUCUCUCUCUUUCUGUAUAUCUGUCUUUCUCUGCCUUACUCUCUCUCUCUUUCUGUAUAUCUCUCUUUUUCUGUCUUACUCUCUCUCUCUCUUUCUGUAUAUCUGUCUUUCUCUGUCUUACUCUCUCUCUCUCUUUCUAUAUAUCUGUCUUUCUCUGCCUUACUCUCUCUCUCUUUCUGUAUAUCUGUCUUUCUCUGCCUUACUCUCUCUCUCUCUUUCUGUAUAUCUGUCUUUCUCUGCCUUACUCUCUCUCUCUCUUUCUGUAUAUCUCUCUUUUUCUGUCUCACUCUCUCUCUCUCUCUUUCUGUAUAUCUGUCUUUCUCUGCCUCACUCUCUCUCUCUCUCUUUCUGUAUAUCUGUCUUUCUCUGCCUCUCUCUCUCUCUGUAUGUCUGUCUUUCUCUUCUUACUCUCUCUCUCUUUCUGUAUGUCUGUCUUUGUCUGAUUCUCUCUCUCUCACCCUUUCUGUAUAUCUGUCUUUCUCUGCCUUAAUCUCUAUCUCUCUCUCUCACUUUCUUAUCUCUCUCGCUCUCUCUUUCUCUCUCGUUCUCUCCCUCUCUAUCUAUCUAUCUAUCUAUCUAUCUUUCUAUCUCUUUUAA